UCAUUUCAGUACCAGACAGUUGUAUCACAUGCAUACUAGCAUCUCUCCUAAUACAUCUCAUAAAUAAAUAGGGAGUGAAGCCAGGACCUGUGGAUGCCAUGGUUGUAGUGAAGCCCAAACCAGAUGCUACUCCGGCAAGCGGAAUUAGGUAUGCAGAGUCCAAUUAAAUAGGCAGACUACACUGUGUUGCGAAAUAAAUGUUAUUAAUCGCUGUUAGAUUCUGGUGUGUUUCCUAGUGAACCCUUUACUUUUCCUGAUAUUGUUAUUCCAGAUCUACACUUUACAAGGGCUACAGCUGUGAGCUACCAGACCCAUCAACCCUCAACCCACUAUCUGCCUAUGCUGACAUGGAACCAGACUCUCUUCCCCUUAUCUGCAGAAUGAACAUCACAUCUGAUAAACCACUCGUGGACUCCAUUUUUGGCAAGGUACAAACUGGCAGUAUCCUGUUAUAUCAACACCCACCACCUCCACCUGACAGUGUUGUCAUCCAUGAGGAUGCACCACCGUUCCCAAAAGUGCCACUGGACGGUUACCAUUUACAACCAACAGACUGUUCAUACGAGAUCAUGACGGAUCAAGAAAAGCUUCACCUCAGUUCUCUGUCUGUGACUUUGUCACAGUCACACCUGAUUGAGGAAGCAACCAGAUGCCAAAGUGAAACACCCAAGUGGCAUUCACUGAGGAAGGAGAGAGUGACUGCUUCACAUUUCCGGGAGGUAAGCCAUGUUAGAGGUACAAGCACAGCAGAAAAACUGGCAGAAAUAAUUAUCAGAGGGACAAGACAAACACCACUAAUGAAAAGGGGGCUGGAAAUGGAAGCAGGUACAUUGAAGGACUAUGCAGUUCUAAAAAAUCUUAAUCUGACAAAGUGUGGGCUAGUCGUGCAUCCGGACGCACCUUGGCUGGGUGCAUCGCCUGAUGGGCUGGUAUAA